UGAGAUGUCUGUGUGAUGUGGCAGCCCCCCCCCCCUGCUGAGCGAGCGGACCGGAGGGCACCACAGAAGAAGAAGGACAGCGGCAGCGUGAUGUGGCAGCCCCCCCCCCCUGCUGAGCGAGCGGACCGGAGGGCACCACAGAAGAAGAAGGACGGCGGCGUGAAGACUUCCUCUCUGUUCAAACACAACCCCGACAUCCCCGCCCUCCUCAGUCCGGUUGUCUCUCAGGUGAAGGAGAAGAUUUUCACCAGUGACUCGUUUUCAGACAUGGACCUGCACCCACACCUGGUGGCCACACUCAACAAAGUCCUCAAUGUUUCCACGGUUACCAGCGUUCAGAAGCAGACGAUGCCGGUUCUCCUGUCGGGUCGUGACGCUGUGAUCCGAUCUCAGACGGGUUCAGGUAAGACCCUGGCCUACGCGGUGCCUGUGGUCCAGUCUCUGCAGGCUCUCCAGCAGAAGGUCAGCCGCUCCGAUGGACCCCUGGCCGUCAUCAUCGUCCCCACCAGAGAGCUGGCCCAGCAGACCUUCCAGACCUUCCAGAAGCUUCUGAAGCCCUUCACCUGGAUCGUCCCUGGAGUCCUGAUGGGAGGGGAGAAGAGGAAGUCUGAGAAGGCCAGGCUCCGUAAGGGGAUCAACAUCCUGGUCUCGACCCCCGGGCGCCUGGUGGACCACAUCAAGAACACUCUGGUUAUCGCCUUUAGCUCCGUGCGCUGGCUCAUCCUCGACGAGGCCGACCGGAUAUUGGACCUGGGUUUUGAGAAGGAUCUGACCGUCAUAUUAAACAGUCUGAACACCACGGGACCGAGCAGACAGAACGUGCUGCUGUCGGCCACGCUGUCACAAGGUGUCACUCGGUUAGCAGACGUGUGUCUCAACGACCCGGUCACCAUCAACGUCUCUGGCCCCGCCUCCUCUGACCUCACGGGCCCUGCCAAGGACCCCGGCUCAGCCGACCAAUCAGAGAGCUUCACGCUGCCCGAGGCCCUGCAGCAGUUCGUGGUGGUCGUGCCCAGCAAGGUGCGCCUCGUCUGCCUCGCUGCCUUCAUCCUGCACAAGUGCAAGUUUUCCAAGAACAACAAACUGAUCGUGUUCACGUCGAGCUGCGAGGCCGUCGAGUUCCUGCACGCCAUCUUCACCGCCGUGCUCUCCACCAAUCAGAAGCCCCCGCUCAGCUUCCUGAGGCUCCACGGCAACAUGAAGCAGGAGGACCGCACGGAGGUGUUCAAGGAGUUCUCUGUGUCCCAGUCUGGAGUCCUGCUGUGCACGGACGUAGCAGCCAGAGGUCUGCACCUGCCUGCGGUCACCUGGAUCAUUCAGUUCACUCCCCCCACAGCAGCAGCAGAGUACGUUCAUCGUGUCGGACGUACGGCUCGUAUCGGAGGAAGAGGAAGCAGCCUCCUGUUCCUCACUCCUGCUGAGACCGCCUUCACCACCGAGCUGGCCAAUCACAACAUCAGCCUAUCGGAGAUGAAGCUGGAGGACAUCCUGUCCAGUCUGAUGAUGGACGACACCUUCAAGGGCCGUGGGAGAUACCACAGCCAGAGCUCCUCCAAAGCUCUGGAGCAGGAGACCAGAGAGAGAGCGACGGUUCUUCAGACAGAGUUUGAAAACUUUGUUCAUUCCGACGCUCAGUCGCUGCAGAACGCUAAGAAAGCGCUGCAGUCCUUCCUGCGCUCCUACACCACCUUCCCCGCUCCGCUCAAACACAUCUUCCACAUCAAGCACCUCCACCUGGGACACACCGCCAAGAGCUUCGGCCUGAGAGACGCUCCGCAGGGCCUCAGCUCCCCCGGGGGGGCGAAGAGCAAGAAGAAGGGCAACCAGAAGAACAACCAGAAGAGAGGGGGGGAGUGCAGCGAAGAGCUCUGCCAACAGGGAGGAGAGUCUGCUGAGAUCUGAGUUCUCUGACGGGAGGGAGGGAGGCAAAGAGAGGAAGAGGAGGAACAAGAAGAAGACUGGAGGGGAGGAGGAGGAGGGGUGAAGAGGAGGAGGAGUGAAGAAGAAGAGGAGGAGGAGGAGGAGGAGGCGAGUUCAGAAGCAGAAUAACUUGAUGACUGAACUAAUAAAAUCUCUUUGAUAUAAA